AUGGGCUGCUCCUGUGUGUGGAUCUUUCUACUGUCCCUGUCUCUCUCCCAUCAAAGGGUCACCGCACAACCUGAAGCAUGCAGGACAGUGGUGCAGGCAGACAUAGUUUUUCUGGUGGACGCCUCGUCGAGUGUGGGUCAGACCGGCUUCUCCAGUGCUAAAGACUUCAUCUCGACAGUGGUCUCCUCCUUCCGGGACAGUGUGGUGGGAGCCGAGGGGGUCCGCUUCGGCGUCACUGUCUUUGGGGAUGUCCCGAGGAUGCGGAUCGCUCUGACAGACUAUAGUUCCCUGGAUUGGGUGCUCAGAGCCAUCAGGGAGAUCCCGUACGACGGUGGAUCCAGGAGGAUGGGCUCUGCCCUCCAGUAUCUGGUCGACCCGGUUUUCAGCCCCGCCAUCAGUCGGGAUCACGCCCCAAAGAUUGCAGUUUUGAUCACAAACGGACCUUCGGAGGACGAGGUUGACGCCACAGCCAGAGCUGCGGCUGACAACGGCAUUUCUCUCUUUGCAGUAGGUGUCUGGGGAGCGGAUGAAUCCGAGCUGAGGAGGAUUGUGGCCCAGCCCCAUGAGGAGCAUCUCCUGCUGGCUGCUGACUACUCCCUGCUGGAGCAGGUUCUUCCCAAGCUGUCCCGCAGAGUGUGCGUCACAGCUUCUGAGCCACCGCGUCCUGUGAAAACUUCCGAACCUGUUGAGGAGCGUGUGGUCGGCCCCAGGGACCUGCAGGUCAGUGAGUUGGCCCACAGCUCCCUCAGACUGACGUGGAGCCGGGCCACAGGCGACGUCACCGGCUAUCGCCUCCUGGUCGCCCCUCUCACCUCCAGGGGGCACCCCCUCCCGCUGCAGCAGAGACAGAUCGAUCUGAAGGCAGACGUGAGCACAGCACUGGUCCCAGAUCUGUCUCCUAAAACAGACUAUUCCUUUACCGUCUAUGCCGUCUACCCCAACCUCAUAGGAGACUCUGUGACCGUCACCGGUCAGACAACCCCUUUACCCCAGGUGUCAAACUUCCGUGUGAUCGAGGAGGGUUUGUUCUCGCUGCGUCUGGGCUGGACGCCUCCUCAAGGGAAGCUCAACGGAUUCAAGCUCUUCAUCCCAAGAUCCAACCGACCGGGAUUUAUUUACGAGCAGCUGCUUCCUGGCGACACCUCCUCUCACGUGAUUGACAGCCUGGACGAGGACAAGAAGUACAACAUCAAUAUCUUCGCUGUUUUCCCGCAGGGACCAGGCGAGCCAGUUUCAAUAGUGGGCAAGACGUUGAAGCUGUUGCCAGUUCAGCAGUUCCUGGUCCAAAACGCCACCACAGACACCGUCCAGGCGCGCUGGACUUCAGUCAAGGGCGCCUCAGGAUAUCGUCUCACGUGGGCUUCUCCAGAUGAUCACAUAGAGAACUUAAACCUUGGGGACAAUUUUAACUUCUACAUGAUCCAGGGCCUCCACUCAGGCUCUGACUACACCAUCACCAUCAAUCCCAUCUUUGGAGACACAGAGGGCCCCAUCACCACCACCAAAGCCAAGACAUUGGAGAGCAGCGCAGUCCAGACCCUGAAGGUGUCGGCUGUGACCACCAGUUCUGCCGUCAUCUCGUGGAACAGCGUCCCCGGGGCCACAGGAUACAGACUCACCUGGGGACCCACUCCAGAGUUUACCGGGCGGGACCGUCCCAGGCAGUUGGCUUUGAAUGGCAGCACCACGGACCACCAUCUGAAGAACGUGGCCCAUGAUACUGAGUAUGUCCUGACUCUCUACGUGUUGUUUGGAUCCCUGGUGGGGCCCGGUGUCAGCGCCACCUUCAGGACCUCUCCUCUGGGCUACGUGUCCAACUUCAAGGUGGCAUCCUACACCAGCACAUCCAUAGAUGUGGAGUGGAGUCCCAUCGUGGGGGCCACGGAGUACAAACUCACUUGGGACACAGAUGACAGCAAACUGCAGUCCCGUUACCUGGACCGCAGUGUUCUCUUCCACCGCAUCGAGGACCUGAACCCGCAGUCCACCAUCACAAUCACCAUCGCUGCAGUGUACGGCAACUCGGAGGGACCAGAACUCUCCUUGUCUCAGCUCACAGCUGCUUUCUCGGACUCAGAGCCGAUCCAGGCAGUGAGGAAGCUGAAGGUCGGGGACAUCGGAGUGAACUUCUUCACCUUGUCCUGGAGCAAAACACCAGGGGCUUCUGGGUACAAAAUCUCCUGGAUCCCCUUCCUGGGGGGCGAGGAGAAGUUCCACCUGGCAUCUGCCGCCUCCACCAACUUCACCAUCCGAAACCUGCGGGAGAGCUCGGCCUAUAAGAUCCAGGUGUCGUCCAUGGUGGCCAACAGGGAGGGAAGCUCGGUCCUGGUCACUGCGAGGACCCUGGAUCUUCCCAAAGUGAAUGGCUUCGCUGCUCUGAACACGACAGACCGCAGCACCGCUCUGAACUGGACUCGAGUCGCUGGCGUCUCAGGCUACCUUCUCACCUGGAGGCACAUCUCAGUGUUGGAGACCAAAUCAGAGACGCUGGGCCCUGGUUUCUCCUCGCUCAAGAUCAACGACCUCCUCUACGGCCGAACAUACAUUUUCACCAUCAGACCUCUGUAUGGAGAAGUGGAGGGGCCUAUCAGCACUGUGUAUCAAAGGAUAUUGGGACCGGAUCCUCCAGUGGUGACGGUCCAGUCAGUGGCCGCCACGGCAGUUCCCCAUCCCCCCCGCAUCACGCCUGCCUCAGAGCCCAUCACCGGCAGUAAGAAGCCCGGCAGGACCACCCGGCAACCCAUCGCCGUGCCGUCCACUAAAAAAAUAACCACCACCAAGCCUCCAGCUCGGCAAAGAGUCACUGAGGCCAAAGCAGCAACAGUCAGUUCGGAGACAACAGCUCCACCAGCAGCAUGCGGUAAGAGCAAAGCAGACAUAGUUUUCCUAGUGGACGAGUCCUCCAGCAUCGGUGCUAAUAACUUCAUCAAGAUGAAGGACUUCAUAUUCCGUGUGACCACCUACUUCCCUGUGGUUGGUCCUGAGGGAACACAGAUCGCUGUGGUUCAUUACAGCGACGAGCCUCGAAUCGAAUUCGGUCUGAAUGCCUUCAAAGAUAGAAAUUCUGCGCUCCGGGCGCUGAGGGAACUGCGUUACGGAGGAGGCAACACCAGGACGGGAAAAGGCAUCAGCUACGUCCUGCAGGAGCUCUUCACGGAGCCUCUGGGGAUGAGGCCGGAUGCGGCUCAUGUUCUGGUCCUGAUCACAGACGGCAGAGCCCAGGACGAUGUGCUGCCUCCCUCCAGAUUUGCCCGCGCUCUCGGCGUCAGCGUCCUGGCGGUGGGAGUUUCCAACGCAGACAUGGAUGAGCUGAUCAAAAUCGCAGCUCCCACCAGCUACAAGAACAUUUUCUUCUCGCCGACGUUUGACGACUUUCCUUCCAUCGAGAGGGAGUUUAUCAAAACCAUCUGCAGUGAGGAGCUCCUGUCCGAGUUCAAACUGCACGAUGAGUCUGCUCAGCUGGACACCCCGACUGAAGACCCAGAGGAAAUGAUCAAACCUCAGGGUCCCUGCCCCUCCCAGUGUGUGAAGGGCCAGAAAGGGGAAUCGGGUAACGGUUUGGGUCUCGGAGGUCUGAAAUUCAGGCAAAGCCCUGGACAGUACGAUCCUUUCACUUCUUCCAAAGGAGAGAUGGGAGAGAAGGGACCGGCAGGAACAGAUGGUGUUCCCGGGUUGCCUGGGCGACCAGGGAGAACUGGACCCCCAGGUUCUGCCGGCCAGCGGGGCUCUUCUGGCGUCCCAGGUGACCUGGGUCGUCCUGGACCGGCAGGUUUAAAGGGACAAAGAGGAGAGAGAGGAGAGCCUGGAUACGUUAUAGCUGGCACGGAUGCAAACUACGUCCCUGGACGAAAAGGGGAGCCGGGAUCUUCAGGACCCCAGGGGCCUCCUGGUGUAUCUGGGGUCAAUGGGGCCCCAGGCCUGCCCGGUCAGCCAGGAUCUAGAGGGUCACCUGGAAUCUCUGUCAAGGGAGAUCCUGGAGAGCCAGGAGAAAAAGCUUUACGUGGAAAACCAGGCGGGACAGGAGACAAAGGAGAUCCAGGAAAAGAUGGUGCUGCAGGUUUGCCUGGUCCCAUCGGAAUAGAUGGGAUUCCAGGAUUACCAGGUCAGAAAGGAGUCAAGGGUGAAGAAGGAAUUGGUAUCCAAGGUAUCCAAGGUCCUCGUGGAGAACAAGGAGAGAAGGGAAAUAUUGGCUUCAUGGGAGCAGUCGGCCCAAAGGGCGACCUUGGAGAACAGGGCAUCCAGGGAAUCAUCGGACCUCGGGGAAAAAAGGGAUUCAACGGGGAGCAGGGAGACAAGGGAGAACAAGGAGUGAUUGGACCAAUCGGACGACAAGGACCCACAGGAUUCACUGGACCCAUGGGGUUAAAAGGAGACGAGGGUCUGAGAGGAGCCCCUGGAGACCCUGCCAAGGGGAUACUUGGGCCAACUGGAAAAAAAGGUACCAGGGGAGACAUCGGCCCGGUCGGCCCCACGGGCCCCCAGGGAAUCAAAGGGGAACAAGGAGGCAAAGGAGAUAAGGGUAGUCCUGGUUUUGGGAUUCCAGGACAGCAGGGACCAAAAGGAGAGAACGGCGAGAGGGGAAAUGUUGGUUUGUCCGGAAGGCCAGGACCAAAGGGAUUGGACGGCUUUAAAGGUGAACAAGGGAAUAUCGGGUUCCCUGGCAAUCCUGGAGAACCAGGAUUAAGAGGUAAAGAUGGCGAAUCAGGAACCAAAGGAGUCCAAGGAAUCAAGGGUGAACUAGGUCCAUCUGGGGGGCCUGGGGACAGAGGAAUCAGGGGUCCACUGGGGUUACCAGGACGACCAGGGGACCCAGGACAUAAAGGAGAUAGUGGGAAACAUGGGCUGCCAGGUACCGAUGGAAAGAGAGGCGACAAAGGCGAGCAUGGGAAACCUGGACCUCCGGGAGCACAACUUGUUGCAGACAACAAUAUAUUGACAAGAGUGAUUAAGGGUGAACCAGGAGAGCCGGGUCUGUCUGGACUGAGAGGAGAAGCAGGUCUACCUGGAUCACAAGGUCCAGAAGGCAAACCAGGAGUACCAGGGUCAUCUUUGGGUGGCUCUGGUAGAGUUGGAAUUGAUGGUUUACCAGGGAAACCAGGAGCCAAGGGGGACCAGGGACUGAAGGGCGAGCUGAGUCCGAAAGGAGACAAAGGAGACCAGGGCCGAAUGGGGAUCGCAGGAAUGCCUGGUUUACCUGGAACUCCAGGGAGAUCUGGCAUUGAUGGGAAGCGAGGCCUGCCAGGAACCUACGGAGAACGAGGAAGCAAAGGAGAUGACGGCAAAACGGGCAAUAAGGGAGACACAGGGGCAAAUGGUAAAGAUGGCAGCAAGGGGGAGCCAGGACCUCCAGGUAGACAGGUGCUUGUCACUCCAGAGGGCGCCACCAACGACGACGUCCGCCAAGCCUUUCCAAUCCCAAUGGGUCCUCCAGGAGCUCUGGGUUCACCAGGAACAAAGGGGGAUCAGGGAGGACAAGGCCUGAACGGAGAGAAGGGUGAUGCCGGAGCUCCUGGAAAAUCAAUUGAGAUGAAGGACAUUGAAAUCAUGUUUGAAGCCUACGGCAUACGGCUGCCUUUGCUGAAGGCUUUGAUCGACCGGCUGCUGCAGGAAGGAAUAGAGGAGUUGCUUCAUGUGCUCGGCACCGUCAAGAGCACAAAGGAAAAAACAGACACUCACACGUCCAACGUCAUCACCGAGUACAAUAGUCCAGUGAAACUUGACCUCACCGGUCAGACGAGGUCGGACUUGGACGUCACUGAAGACCCAGAUUCAACGUCAGUCGUAGUAACCCCAUCACACACUGGUUUCUUCCCAUUCUUCAUAUCGACACUGUUGCUGACCCUCUGAACUCUGAACGUAAAGCAGCAGCUCGACAGGAUUGAGACCAAGUUGAACGGAUCCAGAUGGACCAAGACGGUGGACGGAAACAAUGACAUAGUGUCUUCACUAAAAAUCAAUCGAACUGAAGUAAAUUCUACUUAUAAUUCUACUACAGCUCAGGAGACGGUUUCAGGAUUAUCCAAAACUGUGGUGGAGACAGUUCUCCUCACUCAGGACGACUCCCUGAAGAAAAGUUCAGGACAGAAGAAGAAGAACAGGGAACGUGGGAAGGGCAAAGGAAAUAAAGGACGACAUAAGAGGCAGAGACACCGCCUGACAACUGGAGAGCAAGUUGAAGAAGAAGACGAGGAGUUUUAUAACACUGAAGAAUACGAUGAUGAAUAUGAGGAAGAACUUUCCAUACACGACUCUUCUACUCUACAGGAGAGCCGAGACAACAGAGAGGCCGCCUCGACAACCACAGACCCCCCGUCUCAACCCCUGGAGGAUGUGGAGGAGGUUGAAGCGUCUCUGCCGUCGCCUCCCUUCACGACAGAAGAACCAGACAAGGUGCCUCAAUCUCAACUGAGGGUGAGAAGAGGCGCCACCUGGCCUGAUUUCACUGUGUUCAUGCCAGGCGCCCCUGGUGGAAGGAAUCGGUUCAAGGAGGAACAAAAACAUCCGUCCUCUGGAGCUGCAGGUUUCCGCGGCUUCAAUAGGAAGCAGGAGAACCCUGAUCUUCACAAACAAACCAGGAGGGAGAGGCAGGAGAGUAGAGAGAGUGAGGUUCAUGCAGAUAUGCAAGGUGGAGGAGGUAAAGAGACUCAAGAGGAAGAUGGGGAAGAGUGGAACCUGGAAAAAGAGGAAGAAGUAGAGCCGGUUUAUGAGGAGGAGGAGAGGAGCGGAGACUACGACUGGGAUGCUGAGGAGGAUGUGGAUCGAGAGAGGGGAAGAGAGGAGGACCUGGAGAGGGAGAGAGAGAGGGAGCGAUUGGAGAUGGAGAGAGAGCGAGAGGAGCUGGAGAAGGAGAAGAGGGAAGCCGAGAGGGAGAGGGAGGGGACAGAGACAGAGGAGGGGGAGAGAGACCUGGAUAGGGAGAGGGAGGAGUGGGAGAGGAGGAGGCAGGAGAUGGAGAGGGGUAGAGCAGGAGGUUAUGAUGAGGAGACUGGACAGCCUUACCCGUACCCUCCAGAGUAUUUCUACCUGAAGGGACAACCAGGGGAGAACGGAAAACCAGGACCAAAGGGCGAAAUUGGUGAAUUGGGACAAAAGGGGGAACCGGGUAUCGGCCACAGAGGACCUGAGGGCCAGGCUGGUCCUCCGGGACACAAGGGCGAGCCAGGUGAGCCUGGGCCUUCGGGUGCUCAGGGCAUCCAGGGUAUCCGUGGUAACACAGGCAUCCAAGGUUCUUCGGGCCACAGGGGUCCGCCAGGGGAUCCAGGGGAGCCGGGCAGAGACGGUGAGCGAGGUAAAAGGGGGAAGAACGGAUCACCUGGAGCUCCUGGACUUCGAGGACCACCUGGUUCUCAUGGUCCGCUUGGUUUAUCUGGAGUAAAAGGAGAAAAGGGGGACAGUAGUCCAGGAGAACCGGGUGCCAGGGGUGUGACCGGUGUCCCAGGCAGAAGGGGUGAAAUGGGUCCUCUGGGUGUUAAAGGAUCUCCGGGACAUAUGGGUUGGAAAGGAUUACGAGGCAGCAAAGGAGAAAGGGGAGAUGGUGGACUACCGGGAAUCACAGGAGAGCGGGGGAGUGUGCUUCAAAUCCAAGGACCUCGAGGAUUUAAGGGAGUCAAAGGAAAUCCGGGUGAGCGAGGUCCACCGGGUUUCGAUGGCGACAAAGGAGAAAAGGGCGAAGACGGACCUCCUGGAUUCAAGGGCUUGAAGGGUGAUGCCGGCACCAAGGGGGCAUUGGGAAGGUUUGGAGCACGAGGACCUGUGGGACAGAAGGGGGAUCCAGGAGAGCCAGGACUCAACGGAGUGAUGGGUCGCAGCGGGGAUCAUGGAGUGGACGGGGCCAAAGGGGACAAGGGAGAUGUAGGACUGCAAGGUCAAAAGGGUGAUCAGGGCGACUCAGGGGAAGCAGGGUUACCAGGAGCCAACGGGGAGAAAGGAGAGAAGGGUUUCAGAGGAUUACCCGGACGCAUCGGGAAUCCAGGCCUCAAUGGAGAGAAGGGAGAAAUGGGGAUACCCGGCGCCCCUGGUAUGCCUGGACUGAAUGGACUCACAGGUCGCAAGGGCGACAAAGGACAAGGAGGGACCAGUGGUGUUGAUGGUGAACCAGGAGUGAAAGGGGAAAGGGGUGCAUCAGGGUUCUCGGGUUUCCCAGGUUUUAAGGGUUCAGCAGGGAAUCUAGGCAGGGACGGAGAUGAGGGGCAACCAGGGAUCCCAGGUCCUCGGGGGGGCGGUGGGCCUAAGGGGGAGAGGGGCCGAAGAGGAAAAGUGAAGCCGUGUCAGAAGGGAGCAUUGGGGACACCGGGACAAAAUGGACAGAGUGGCAUAGUUGGGAGUACAGGAGGAAAGGGGGAGAAGGGAGAUCCUGGACUCUCAGCUGAAGAUGUGAAGGAGCUAGUCACGCAGGAGGUGGCAGAUAAGUGUGGACUGGAUUACAAGUUCAUGGUAAGGUCAGUGGAUCCAGAUGGAACAACAGCAACGACUGACAGUAAAAGUGAGCAAGGAGAUGUGGUGAUGUCUCUCUCUCACGACGGAGAGGGAGAAGACGAAUAUGGAGACAGGGCGGAGGAAGUGGACAGUCCUGCCCCUGGGAUCCUUGGAGAAGAAGGGAUGAUACCAAAUCGCACUGAUUCUGUUGAUGGAGCGACGGCGGAGUGGAGCCAGAGGAAGAAAAGAAAAGUAUUUGGAGAGAACGCAGCUGCUGACCGCUGUCUGGAGCCCAUGUCAGAGGGGACGUGCUCAGAGUACGUUCUGCUCUGGUACUUUCACCGGCGCUCAGGGGAGUGCCGGCCAUUUGUGCACGGCGGCUGUGGCGGCAACCGAAACCGGUUCUCCACAAGGCAGGAGUGUCAGAGCUGGUGUGGGAAGCAGAGGACAGGCACUGAACCCUGGAGAUGA